UCACCGCCCGCGUCGCACGAGAGGAGACCCAAAGAGCAUGCCCGCAUUCGGCGUCGCAACCGAUUAAUCACCUCAUGUCUGGAAUGUCGCCGCCGCAAACUAAAGUGCGAUAAACAGCAACCAUGCACGAAUUGCACACGAUUUUCGCGACCAUGUGUCUUUAUUGCGCCGUCAUUGGACCCGGAGGCCCAAGCGAAGCUUGCAGAGGUCAAGGAGAAGAUGGGGUUGCUAGAGAAGACGCUUGAAGACGAUGUCGCACGUCGGCGCACCCCAAAGCCUUUGUUUGAGGCUCCCAGACUGCCUGGUCAGGAACCAGGCCAUAGCGACGAGGAAGACGAGGAAGACGCGAAAGACCUAGAAUUCAUUGAUAUUGCUACCGAGCAUGCCACCUAUUAUGAGGACGAAGGCAACGACGAUGUCGUUGAUCUCGGCAUCGCCAUGGGAAAGAUGCGAAUCACGGAGAGAGUGGGCGGUCUCGUCCGUCCUAGGCUGUCCGAAGAACUCAACGAAGCUCUCAAACUUGUCCCUGAGGUAGAUCAGUCGCUGAACCCUUACGCCGGCCAAUCGCCCAGCUCCUGGAUGUCACCAUCUGCUGACUUUCUAGCGCCCUCAUCUGGCUUCUACUUCGCCCCUGGUGUCGAGAAGACUGCAACGAUGACCUACCUCCCAAACAAAGUCCUCGUCGACAAAUUACUCGCACACUACUGGGAAGCCGUGCAUCCCAUUGUCCGAACGCUCCAUCGCCCAUCGUUCGAACGCAAAUAUGAUGCCUUCUGGCGCAACAUUGCUUCAGGCGUCGAGCCACCAAGGUCGUUCCAGGCAGUCAUCUUUGGUCUUCUUCUGCAGUCCGCAGUUUCCAUGUCUACAGAGGGGGCUUUGGCCGAGUUUGGAGCGGAGAAGCAAGGACUGGUCGACAACUUCAGACUAGGCGCGGAAUCUGCGCUCUCGAGGGCGAAUUUUCUACGUACUACAAAGCUUGAAACUCUGCAGGCUACUGUUAUGUACUUGGUGACACUCUGUCGAGCAGAGGUCUCGCGGGCUCACUCUGCUCUGAUGGGUGCGGUCAUUCGUCUCGCAGAGUGCAUGGGUCUACACCGCGAUCCAUCAACUUACUCCACAAACCCGGUCGAGGUUCAAGUUCGCCGUCUGAUUUGGUAUCAGAUCUGCUUCCUCGACCUUCGCACCUGCGAAGCAACAGGGCCGCGCCCGCAAAUUAGACGCGACGAAUACGACACACGGUUUCCACUCAACGUUGAAGACGAGGACCUCGAGCGUGCUGCACAGCGUGGGGAUAAUGUCACGCAAGACAGCAAAUCCUUUACUACGGUGACCGUCUCACGCAUGAGAGCAGAAUGCUUCGAAUUGUACCGAAUGAUCUGGACUGAGCGACCGAAGCUGCAAAGGAAAACCGAACCGGGCGAGAAGAAAACGACGCUCACUGGUCUUUUGAGUCGCAUACAGUCGUUCAGAGCCGCUAUGGAGAAGACAUAUCUCCCUAUGAUGAGGAGAGACAAUCCACUACAUGCGGUCGCCAUGGAAAUGUAUGGCAUUCUCAGCUCGCGGCUGUACCUCGCCACACUGCACCCAUUCGCGUCGAGCGACAAGCGCAAAAUGCCAGAGCGACUGCGGCAGAUCAUGAUCUCUUCGUGCAUCAUGAUUGUCGAGCACAGCAUGAACAUCGAAGAGCAACCUGCAUUGUCUCAGUGGUCAUGGUACGUCGGCGCUCUGCAUCAGUACCACUCAGCCAUGCUCCUGCUUUCGGAAAUGUAUGUCACGCGCGUCGAUCCUACGCUAUCAGCUCGGAUAUGGCGUUGCAUUGACUACACCUUCGAGCUACCUCCAAGCCUAGGCGAGAACGAGAAGAUCCGCUUCCUGUUGAGCGAAUUGGUAGAGAGGACGGGCUCAUACUCAUCGCUCCGUGGCGUUCGUGCCCCCGGCGAUAUGCCCCACGCCGGUCCACGACCAAGAGAUGGCUCCUCGCCCCGGCCCGAAGGCAACCGACACCCGUACGUCCAACAGGUCUUUCAAACCGAGCACCGCGACGAGCCCAGUCCACAGCCCCAACAAGACCACACCCACGAGUCCCCCAGCAGCAGCGGCUACGACGCCAGUGCCAACGACAGCCCCUACACCGCACCGUCGUACCUCCCCUCGCACCCUCUCGAGCCGCCCGCACGGGCUCCAUACCCGGGCAAGGGGCCCCUGGGGGCCAUACCGCAAGUCGACUGGGUCACCGUCGACAUGAGCGCGCAGGAUCUCUCGCAGCUGCCGCCCGUGACCAACGCCGAGCCGUACAGCUUUGGCGGAUUCGCGCCAUCAUCGAAUCAUCCGCCGUCGCCUAUGCCGCCGAUAUACAGGACGAGUAGUCAGGAAUUGCAUGGGGCAGGAGUGGAGACUUCUGCGCCGCCCAAGGGGGGUGCUCAGACGGCGGGGACCGGGGGUGGGGGGUCGGGGACGAGUCCAACUGAUGCGCUGAUUAAUGAUAUUGAUUGGAACGAAUGGGACAAGUUGUUUGGCAGCGCGCAGGUGGGACCGGGCAAUGUGGUCAUCCCACCUUUUACAUUCCCGUCGUUUGAGCCGCAUGAGUCGCAGUGG